GUCUGUCUGUCCCCCCCGGAUUGCGGUGGCUACGCCCGCUGAGCUCUAGCCCGCUCCUUUGCUAGAGCUGUCAUCUAGAAUUCGGUGCAUAGCAGGAAUCCUACCUUAUCUUGCUCCCGAUUUACCAGGGCCCGUGCCGCUGUUGCAGACUGCCUGUGCUAUUUAUCGGGGCGGGCGCUUGUGUUUACAUCGAGAUAGACCGAACCAGAUCCAAGGCCCAUCUCUCGCUUUGUCAGAAGCAACAGCUCGCCAAAAGAGUCGCUGCGCCCAUUGCCGGCCGUCCGAAUUCCAUCGACGCGCGACGCCCCAGCUUGCGCGACACCGACGGCGCGCUGCCCACGGCCCGCGAUGAGUUCCAAGCCUCGGAAGCGCUCUCGCCCUGCUCCAGACGGCGCCUCAGCUCCUGAUGGUGCUGUCCUGGACGAGAAUCGUGCCGACUGUCCCUUCACCGUCACUGUCGUCUCGGAGCCGGAGCGCAAUGAGAGGGACGGCCCCAAGUCGAAGAAGAGGAAGCAUGACAAAUCCGAGGAGGACAACAACAAAAAGGUCCAGACGCAAAACGCCGUCUUCCAUCCCGAAGGCAAAUUCAAGUCGAGCCAAUCCUUGAAGCUCUACUACGCCGUAGACCCCCGCAAGCAAUGGCUCGACAUGACACGCUACAACAGCUUCGUUCUCAAUGGCGUCAAAUACUACACGGAAGACUUUGUCUAUGUGGCGAACGAGGCAACCAUGGAACGGCAAAACUCUCUGCCUGCCGGCGCCAGCAAAGUUGCCAAGAAAGCAGAUUACUGGGUAGCCCGGAUAUUGGAGGUUCGGGCCUCGGAUGAACAUCACGUAUAUGCCCGCGUGUACUGGAUGUAUUGGCCUGAGGAGCUACCUCUUGGUACUAUGGACGGCAAGAAGCAAAUUUCUGGUCGGCAGCCAUAUCAUGGGCAGCAUGAGCUGGUCGCCUCUAAUCAUAUGGAUAUUAUCAAUGUCGUGAGCGUCGUAAUGGGCGUCAAUGUCAAACAGUGGAUCGAAUCGAACGAUGAUGACAUUCAAGAAUCUCUGUAUUGGAGACAAGCGUUCAACUGCAGGACGGCGGAGCUAUCGUCGGUCGCCCUCGUCUGCAAAUGCAGGACUCCCGCCAAUCCCGACAAAACGUUAGUAGGAUGCUCCAACAAGACGUGCGAAGAGUGGAUGCAUUACGAUUGCCUGCUCGACGAUGUCCUCACCCGAGUGUACGAUCGACUAGGGACGGAUAUUCCUCACAAAUCGGAAAAGCCGGCCAUCAAGGAGGAGGCCAAGGAGGAUACAAAGGCUGAGCCAAAGGAAGGAACCAAAGGAGACCUGCCCUACCGCCUGUUGAGCCCCUCAGUCGAGGGAGAGGACAGAAAGUCGCCAAUCGUCGCCAACAGUGAGAUAAAGGAUCAAGUUCUCGUGAAGCAGGGAGAUGACGAGUCGUCCAAGGACACGGAAACUCCAACACCGGCACCGCAAAAUUCUCUGGAUAAGUCUUCAAAAUCAGUCUUGGCAAAGCGAGGAAGGCGCAAGAAGUCGUCUAAGAAACCUUGGGAGGGCCUUUUCGAAGCCACGCUCAAGAUGAACGAAGGACCCACGGUCUGGGAGGUGACGGAUUUGAGAGAGGGCGUCGAGGGAGGAGAGAAGAAGUGGACAGAGCCGGCAUAUUGCCUAUUGUGCGACACUCUCAUUGAGUAAACGGUGAGGCACCCGCACGCAGGAUACUCUUUCCGUGGUAAUAUCAGGCACUGGAAAUGGAUUUUUUUCUUUACGUCAGCAUUCCUAUUUUCUGGAAAGGCGGUAAUAGCGUUUGCUUCGCUCAGCUCUUCAAGACACCUUGGACAACUGGUUAUAUCAACAUAAUGUUAGGGGAGGAAGGAAGAUAACAAAAAACGAAUAUAA